AUGGCGUUUUCGCUCGUCGGUCAUACAGGUAAUAAAUUAAAAUUAGGAGUAAAAAACAAAGAGUCGUACACAACAUUAAUAUCUGCUGAUAAAUGGCCAUUACAAAUCAAUAAUAUGAAUAUUACCGUCAUUAAACCGAAAUUUAUUCCUGAUUCAUUUGCUCUUGUUGUACGUUACGUGCCUCUUCAAUACAACGACAAAUAUGUCAAAGACGAAAUUGAACGAAAUCUUCAAUCGUCCGAAAAUGUCAGAUGUAUUCAGUAUCGCUUCCAAAGAAGAACAAAUGAUUUUCGUUUUAUUGUUAAAAAUCUACAUGAAUAUAGUUCAUUUUUAAAAUUAGGUCGAAUAUCGAUUGGAAAUACACUCUGCACAAUUACACCAUUCUUGGCAGGUAAUAGAAUGACAUUAUCUAGUGUAUGUGAAAAAGUGGCCGAAUAUCGAUCUGAAUUAAAAGAACAAGUUAAUAAUGCAAUAUUAUCAGACAAACUACAACGAUUAGUACCUCAAGAUCAUCCGCAGCCGAUACAAUUCGAGAUGAAAUAA